AUGAAACCUUAUGAUCCCCAAUCGCAAAGCUUACAGCCUCUUCUUUCCACCAUUAUCCGACGAUUAUCUUCUUUCCAAAUCGAUCUACGCAACUCGGAGAGCGGUGAAGAAAUCAGAAAAAGCGCUUGGCGAUUGGAGCGGGGAGAAAAGCAGCUCCACUCCACUCCACGAGUACCGAUCAAGGUAAGUUAUCUCGUUAUCGGACUAUUUUCAAAGACUCUUACCCAUAAUGACGAACUGCUGUACGUUAUGGUGUUACGAGGUUUGUCGAGUAUCGUACAACUUUUCGUAAUAGAUAUACGAGGACCCUUGAAACGUGGGGGGGAGAAGGAGCCUCAAUUCGGAUAUCCGACAAAAGACCACCGCAUUGGCGUGCUGCAAAUUCCUGCAAAGGCGCAGAGAUCACUAGAUAGUGGCAAUUUGCCUUUCAACAGAGAAGAGAAUCGCAUCGCUCGCAAGCAAGCACGGAUAUCUUCAGUGGCAUGA